AUGUCCUUCCGCCGGCGCCUGAAGAACAAGAAGCCGCCCGCGGGGUGGGACCUCAUCGAGUCCUCGAUCGAGGACUUCGAACAGCAGAUGCGCGACGCGGUCGGCGAAGAGCACGAGGGGAAGCGCAAGAACGAGCUCACGUGGAGGAUACACCGCAUCCACUGGGAGAAGAAUCGCUUCAUCUUCGACCUGAGAUAUAAGAAGAACGUGCUGAGCGACGAGCUGUACAACUACCUGUGCCGCGAGAAAGUCGCGGACCAGCCGCUCAUAUCCAAGUGGCGCAAGCCCGGGUACGAGAACCUGUGCUCGCUGCUGUCCAUACAGAAGGGCGACACCAACUUCGGCACCGCGUCCAUCUGCCGCGUCCCCAUGGCGUCGAGGGCGCCGCAACAGCAGGCGCGUUCUAUACACUGGACUUUAUCUCCCGGCGCAUCUCUCCGCCCACCCCUCGCUUUCAAUCCCCGCCCUCGACGCCUUUCAACUCCAACUGACGCCUAUGAACUCCACCCGCAGCUCACGCCAAACGUGCGCACGGGGUGCAUCUCGUGCACGUCGGGGGACGGCGCGCACGGCGGGCCGAUCUGGUGGAACACGCCGAUCACCGCGGAGAUCACGGGAAAGAUGUCGAAGGGCGGGGGGAAGAAGCGCGCGGCGGAGGACGGGAUCGAGGAUCCGGAGGUGCGGAAGCGACUGGCGGCGUUGAAGGGCGCGGAAGGGUUGGACUGA